CACAUCUGCAUUGUUUCCCCGGUAAUCGUUCUGUAUUAUUCUUUAUUGUACAUAUUUUAUUAUUACUAAGCUAUAGUUGUGGAAUCUGUAUGAGAUUUUCACAAACGCAAAUGCGGGGAGGGGGGCAUGCCCCUUCCAUGUCUUAAUACCGCGAAAUUAGGGGGCCAGCCGCACACCCACUGGAGGAUAUUUUCUCUCACUUCUGUCCCAAGUUGCUUUUUAAAACAGAAAACCUGCACAUUGUCCCGCUUCCGUGGGAGGCCGAUCUUGCAUUGAUACUGAAAGAAGACGUUUGCCUCCCAGAAAGGGAAAGAGGAGCAGCCUAAAGCACGAGACAGACGAACCGGAUCAAGUGUGGUGUUGGAAGGAUCCCAUGCCGGGAUCCCCGAGAGGUGGCGUCGGGACCGUGUGCCUGGGCCGCCCUGCCCAGCAGCAGAGCAUGUCCCGCCUGGACUUGGAGGAGCUGGCCGAAAUAGAGCUGCAGAGAGAAGAAGAGGAAGCCGCUGCCCUGAGCAUAGUGAGAAGGCCAUUGGUGGCACCCGCGGCCGGCCAGCACCCUGCUGAUCACCCCUUCUACGACGUGGCCAGGCACGGCAUCCUGCAGGUGGCAGGGGAGGACCGCUUUGGAAGACAAGUCAUCACCUUCAGCUGCUGCCGGAUGCCCCCCUCCCAUGAGCUCAACCACAGGCAUCUGCUGGAGCGUUUGAAGCACACGCUGGGCCAGUACGUGGAGAGCGAUUACACCGUCGUCUGCUUCCACUACGGGCCGGACAGCCGGAACAAGCCGUCCCUGGGCUGGCUGCAGAGCACCUGCAAGGAGUUCGACAGGAGGUCCAGAAAGACCCUGAAGGCCCUGUACGUCGUGCACCCCACCAACUUCCUCAGGGUCCCGUGGACCAUCUUCAGGCCGCUCAUCAGUCAUAAGUUUGGGAAGAAAGUCAUCUAUUUCAACUACUUGAGUGAGCUCCGCGAACACCUCAAGUACGACCAGCCGCUCGUCCCCCCGGGGGUUCUGCGGUAUGAUGAGAAGCUCCAGGACCUGCACAAGGGCAGGUCGCCCCCUCCCGCCAAGACACCGCCGCCACGGCCCCCUCUGCCCACCCAGCAGCUUGGCGUCAGUCUGCAGUACCUCAAAGACAAAAAUCAAGGUGAACUCAUCCCACCCGUGCUGAGGUUCACAGUGACGUACCUGAGAGAGAAAGGACUCCACACUGAGGGCCUGUUCCGGAGAUCGGCCAGUGUCCAUACCACCCACGAGAUUCAGCGGCUGUACAAUCAAGGGAAGCCCGUGAACUUUGACGACUACGGCGACAUCCACAUCCCUGCCGUGAUCCUGACGACCUUCCUGCGAGAGCUGCCGCAGCCACGGCCAACCUUCAGGGCCUACGAGCAGAUUCUCGGCAUCACCAGUGUGGAGAGCAGCCUGCGGGUAACGCGCUGCCGCCAGAUCCUGCAGAGCCUUCCAGAACACAACUAUGCCGUCCUCAGCUACCUCGUGGGCUUCCUGCACGAGGUGUCCCGGGAGAGCAUUUUUAACAAAAUGAACAGCUCCAACCUGGCGUGAGUCUUUGGGCUGAAUUUAAUCUGGCCGUCGGGGGCGUCCUUCCUGAGCGCCCUCGUGCCCCUGAACCUGUUCGCCGAACUGCUGAUUGAGUCCUACGAGAAGGUCUUCAGCACCGCGGAGGCCUGCGGGGAGCUCAGCGCCGGCGCCCCGAGGCAGGUGAGCGGGGCGGCCCCUUCGCUAGAGGCCUCCCGGGAGACAGACGCUCCGCGGGCCCCACCUCGCCCCGUGCCUCCGCGGCCCUUGACGGCGGCCGGAACGCUCCGCUAG